AUGUCCUCCGCCGUCCCCGCCAAGUCCAUACUGAAGCGGAAGCCCACGGCCAAGGCGCCGACGGUAACAGACGAGCAGAAGGAGAAGGUCCAGAAGGACCGCCAAAACCUCAACAUCGCCCUCAAACAUGCCUAUCUGAUCCAACAUCGGAAGGACGUCGAGGCUGCCAUCCUCAACUCCAUCGUCGUUCUUGUCGACUACCCCGCUUCAACCCAGUUCUCCACCGACGAAGCUUUCACUUACCUGAAGCUCGUCAAAGCUUUCCAGCCAUCCGACUUUGACAGCCUGGUCGAGGAGCGCCGCAUCGACGGAAAAUGCGGGUAUGUUUUGUGUGCGAAUAAGCCACGCUCGCAGUCUCUCGGUGAGGCAGCCAUCUGGAAGCUCAAGAAAGGCAUGGGCGACUGGUGCAGCAACGACUGUGCCAAGAAGGCUUUCUACGUCAAAGCACAACUGAGUCAAGUGCCCGCCUGGGAACGAGUGCCCGAGGAGCGGCCUGAUAUUCAACUCCACCAGGACGAUCGCAUGCCUGAAAUGGAGGCUGCUGUUCGUCGCGCGAACAGGACCGCCCGUGUCGACGAGUGGCGGAAGAAAGUGGCUGACAAUGAAGAACUGGCCAAGGAGCGUGGCGAGAAGACUACUUCAUUCAGACCAAACCAGGUCAUGGCCGACACGAUCGUCGAAAAGCAGCCAAAGCCGUUCAAACCGUUCAUGGCAGAGGCUCAACCUGGUCACUACAGCUCCAUUGAAGGCUACCAACCCAAGCAGUACGGCAAAUCGAAGAAGUCUGCGAACGACAGCGAGGAGGACGACAGCGAUGUUGCUGACUGA